AUGGCAGACAAAGGCAAAAAGGGCAAACCGGGAGCGCCCCCACCCCCAGCCGCGGCACCCCCACCCGCGGCGGCACCCCCACCCAAAGACGCCAAACCGGGCGAUCAGAAAGAGGAGGCGCCGCCAAAGAUAAAAUCGGUACAGCCCAAGGAUCAAGUGGGCACCAGGAAGGGAUGUCGCCGCUACAAGUGGGAAUUCAAGGACAGCAACAGAGAGUUCUGGGUUAUGGGGCACGCGGAGGUCAAGAUCCUAAGCUUGGGCUGCCUAAUAGCUGCAAUGAUCAUGUUCACCGGGACCACCGUGCACCCCCUCCUGACACUUGUCAUCACCAUGGAAGUGUCCAUCUUCUCCUUUUUCAUCAUCGUCCACACCUUCGCCAUCCAGAGGUUCAUGCCCUUUAUCCUGUGGCCCAUCACUGACAUUCUCAACGACCUGUUUGCUGCCAUCUUCCUGGCGGGUGGUGCGGCGUUUGCUCUGCGAACUCGACAAACCAUGCCAGUGAACUACGUCAUCGCUGUGGUCCUUAUCGGUGUGGCUGCAUUUUUUCCUUUAAUCGAUAUAUGUCUUCAAAGAAAACACUUCAGAGGCAAGAAGAUCCAAAGGAACGUGCUGAUUCCUCCUGAAAAGGACAAGGGCAAGCCAGAGCCGCCUGCAAAGGAAAAGGAGGAUGAAAAACCGGCAAAGCCAAAGGAAGAAGCGAAGCCCAAGGAGAAGGUGGACAAGGGGGAGAAGGGGAAGAAAGGCAAGAAAUGACGUGCAGGAGACACCUGUUGUCAGAAAUGGCAGCGUAUUUUACGACAAAGCAUAGUUCCCCUGUCUUCCUUGUCCUCUCAAUGAUCCUUUCCACUUAAAUAACCAC